GUCGUGGUGGUGUACGUUGUCGUCGUCGCGACGCCCAGUGACCGUGCCGCGAUUCUCGAGCAGUGCGCGUCCACACGUCGCGACGACACGGCUCCUAUCGUCGGUCCCUUCGUCGGCCACCGGUGACUUUCGAUCCGUCGUCGACGACGCUCUCGAACGCGUUCACCCCUUUGUGCACGUGACACUGUUGCUGUCGGCGCGCAUAAAUCAUCUGCGUCCCGGCACCACCAUCUCGGCCAGCGUCCCUCCAAAACAGCGUCCACGGCUUGCACCGCGAUGCCACGGACACGUUGACCCACGCUCGACACCCUCAGCGAUCACCGAAGACGCCGACCGGCGGAACGGGAAGAGAGACGAAGGACCCAAAGAAGGGAGGCAAUUGUACACCGGCAGCCGGCGCUGUUCAGAUUAUCGCGCUCCCGGAAACACGAUCGUUUGACGCCUGACGGAAUGACGUCGGCCCCAUCCCCCUUGGCGUCGACGUCGACGCAGCGAGCCAUCGUCCCCGCGUCGAUCAUCCUGUGCGGAACGCGAGGAGCCGGCAUUUAACUGGAUCGCGGUCGAGAACGUCGAUCCGUCCGCCGUGUCCCGACCGGAUGAUAAGAUCGUGAUCGCUCGUCCCAACGAAGAAAGGACUCGAGCUAACAAAGAGGCAGCUCUGGAUCGUUGAAAUUUCCGCUGAGUGAUUGCGCCGGGUUUUCCAGUCGAAGCGAGCGGACCGAGGCAGCGGCGGCGGCGGCGGCGGCGACAAUCAGUCCCCGGGGCGAUCGGAGAUCCCCGAGAGAGAUUUCAGAGAGUCGGGUGAGGAUCUAUCGUCGCGAACAAACUCCAAGGACUUCGCCAUGAACACCACGUCGAUGUACACGACGAGCGUGAUCGAUUACGCGAGGAAGGUCAGCCAGAACGACUCGAUGAUCCCGAACUGCGAGGCGGACCUGCCGAUCAUCGCGCUGGUCAACCAGAUCCUCUAUUCCAUCGUCUGCAUCGUCGGCUUGUUAGGCAACACCCUGGUCAUCUACGUGGUGCUGCGGUUCUCGAACAUGCAAACGGUCACGAACACGUACAUCCUGAACCUUGCGAUCGCCGACGAAUGCUUCCUGAUCGGCAUACCGUUCCUCGUCACCACCAUGAGCCUGCGCAGCUGGAUGUUCGGCAAAGUGAUGUGCAAGGCGUACAUGACCACCACCAGCGUGAACCAGUUCACCAGCAGCAUCUUCCUGUUGAUCAUGAGCGCGGACCGUUACGUGGCCGUGUGCCAUCCGAUCUCGUCCCCGAAGAUCCGCACGCCGUUCAUCUCGAAGGUGGUCACGAAGAUCGCCUGGGUCGCCAGCGCCGUCUUCAUGGUCCCGAUCAUCCUGUACGCGAGCGCGAUGGAGGGUGAGAAGGGGAUCAUCACGUGCAACAUCUACUGGCCCAGCCACCAGGGCGGUCACACCACCUUCACCCUCUACACGUUCGUCCUGGGCUUCGCCGUGCCCCUGGUCCUGAUACUGAUCUUCUACUUCCUGGUGAUCAGGAAGCUGCGGACGGUGGGCCCGAAGACCAAGUCGAAGGAGAAGAAACGGUCGCAGCGGAACGUGACCAAGCUGGUGCUGACCGUGAUCACCGUGUACGUGUUCUGCUGGCUGCCCUAUUGGCUGACCCAGGUGGCGUUGAUCUACACGCCGCCGAAGCAGUGCCAGAGCAAGAUCACCAUCACGAUCUUCCUGCUGGCCGGGUUCCUCAGCUACAGCAACAGCGCGAUGAACCCGAUCCUGUACGCGUUCCUCAGCGACAACUUCAAGAAGAGCUUCCUGAAGGCGUGCACCUGCGUCGGCGGGAAGGACGUGAACGCCGCCCUGCACAUCGAGAACAGCGUGUUCCCGCGUAGGAACAAGGCGAGCGCGGACAGGAUGCAGUCGAACCGGCAGGCCGUGUCCGGCCAGUCCAGGCUCGGGCCCGAGGACGAAGAGGACGCCGAGAGGUGUCUGAUCAGCAAGACGUCCACCACGACGGUCACGCUGACCUCCCGGUCGAACAUCACCAUCGGGAACGACUCGAAGGAUCAGCAGCAGCGGGACAAGGACUCGAUGAAGAACGGCGCCCAGCUGACUCUGCUGACGCAGGUCUAAAGCGCCGGAGGCAGGAUCAUCGAUUCAAGCCGGAACGAUCUCCAACGAAUCGGGAACGACCGACUGACACGGGCGCGCGCCGACCUCGUCCGGAGACACCCGGAGGAGCGUCCUCUCUCCUCCGGCUCGAUCGAGAUGUCCGAACGAGCCCCGGAUUCAUCGAGGUCCCCGGUGGAGAGGGCCGCGCUCCUCUCUCGGGACGAGCGACGCCGUCUACGGCCAUUCGAGAGGAACGGCCACUUAGAUCUUCGUCCCGUGAAACGCUCUCUAUGCAGUGGUGCCUCUCCUCUGUCCAGCGAAUUUUUCAUACUCCCAGGAACUAUCGACCGUGAGAACGUGCCCCCGCCGGUCCCCAGCUUACGCCGUACGUGUACCCCGGUUGCCACCCAUUCGGGACAACCCACCCUCGCCGUAGAUCUGUACCUGAUACCGCCGAACACUCUCGCAGAGGCGAAACGCGGACAGUUUCUCCGAACAGCUAGGACUAUUUCGACGCAUCACGGUCAACUCGAGGAGAUAAUACGAAAUGUCGUCCGACACCCUUAAUUGGACUCCCUGAUAAACGCUACUGAAAUUUCUCUCUCGGAGGAUCUUCUUUUCACGAGUGGUAUCGUCUAGCGUGGAACUUGGCGCCGAGUCUUCUCGCCGAUGUUACAUCAUUUAUAUUGAUAAGCUUUCGUGUUCCUUUGACUGCUAGCUUAACCUUCGAACGGUGACCAUCGUUUAAAUGUCGCUGGUGAUACUGUGACGUCAAAUUGGCGACGUUUCAGUAACGGUGACUCGAUGUUAGAUCGGACUCCUUGUUAAUAAUGGGGAACAAACAGCGGUGUCGCUAGGGAUACGGUGAUAAUUUCACGUCGAGUAAGCUUUGAUUUGUUCAUUCGGCUUCGAGUCAUCAUUAUCGAUGCGGAGUCAGUUUGAUCUCGAGUCGCCUGCGUUGAUACGGAGUCAAUUUUUACGAGCCAAAUUACGAGUCAAUUCGACGCACGUCGCCGCUCGAAGGUUAACGAUGUAGCAGAAUAGUGUUACUACAUUCGCUACGUUCGAACAUAUGUACGAGUCCUGUCCGGAAAGUAUCCUUUCGAGCAUAUUUUUGCACCUGUGUGUCCUGUUCGAGAAACAUCGUGCUCGCCGUUCAGAGCGUAUUCUUGCGAGUACCGCCGAUAAACGGUGCGGAUCUGCUAACUUUCUGUUGACAACGACGCGUAUCUGUUGUAACGUUUAAAAUCGUGCGCCUCGGACUCCAGAAUUUUGUCGAAGGUUUGGCCACUCUUGUUCCGAAACUAUUCAAUGUAAUUAGACAAAUUUAUGCCACUUAAUCUAUGAGUAGUCAAUCGAUUUCGAUGUAGAUUAGACGGUUCGAAGACGGUCGCAGACCUCGAUCGAUCGAUCGUGUUUCUUAAAAAAUCCGAUCUAGGAUCCUCCUUUCUUCGCGACACCCGCAUUUACGUUAUCGUAGAAUAAUUUGUAAUCGCUCGCUGACAGACAUUCUCGAAAUCGAGAGAUCUAGGAGAUCUAGAGAUCGCGUAGCGAAACUGAGAAAGGACGAUCCUAACCGGGACAUGUAUAAAUUCGUUGGUAUGUAUUUUUAGUUCAUCAUUUAUUCGAUACUUUAACAGCCACGGCCUCGAGAAUGUCACCAAAAUUGCAGUAUUUUGUUCGAUCGAACGAAGAUUGAAAGAGUUGGACGACAUCAAUUACAUUGUUAACAUUCUUACGUUUUGUGGACCCUAAUGAAACUAAGAAGAUGUAAUAGAUUAGCGUAAACGUUAAUUUUCCGAUCGGAAUACGAUCGAUAAUGCAACCUGUGUAUCAUUUGUGUUUGAACUUGAAUGAAAUUAAAAAGAAACUAUGCGAAA